AUGACACAUUUUAUAUCAUUUGCAUCAACACAGUCGAACCUCAUUCGCAGUAUUUCCACAUCAGCUGUGUCAGUGAAUGUUGUGCGAUCCACGAAUGUAAUUUUGCAAAUCAGUCGAUUGAUAAGUCGAAAGAUUCCACCACCUGGAAAACCACCAAUUUGUCCUCCUGCCAAAAGAGCAUUGUACUAUGUUGUGCAGUCUCGGUGGAUGCGGCCAGAAGAUGUUAAAGAACUGUUAUGGCGUCGACAUGUCUAUAACAAUGCGAUGGUAUCAAUACGUAAACUGUUCAAAGAAGAGCUAGCCAGAAAUAGUUACCAAGAUCAGAUAAUGAAGGAAGUAGAAGACGAGCGUGAGGAAUUUGAACGUCUGAUCGCGGAAAAUGAUGAAAGGAAUCGGAAGGCAGCAGAGGAAAGGAAUGUACGGGAAAGAGAAAAAUUCGAAAAAAUGGAGUCAGAAUAUUUAAAAAGUAUUGAACAAGAGUUAUCAAGAAGAGAGACAAAUGUUAAAGAAAAGAUGAAAGAAGUACUUGAAAUGGUUGAGCGAAGCAAACAUUUCAUUACGGAAGAGACUCUGGAUGAAAAACUGGAAGAAGCUUUGGAAAAUCCAGUGGUAUAUGACUACGCGGUAGAUUUACAAGGUAACAAGUACUAUGUGCCUUUACCUGAGAAAUAUGUCAAAGGUACUCCGCCUCCUCAGAAAGGCCGUAUGUAUGAUGUUACUUUGGGUGUCGAGCAUUAUAGUAAAUUGAAGUCAAUGCCAGUACCUCCACCUCCACCACCACCACCUCCAUUAAAUCUAUCAGAUGCCAGGUUUGGCACGACCAUGACAUCAACUAAAACUGCCGAUCGUUCCAAAUUACUUGGCGAAAUUCAGGCGGGCAUGAAGUUGCGCAAAACUGUCACCAACGAUCGGUCUGGACCUAUGGUCGGAGGGAAGGUCUCAGGUCCAUUAGAAAGCAACAAAGAAAUGAGCACUGCAGUUGGAACAAAGAAUACGGCUGUUAGUGGAGUUGGUGGUCUCUUUAUAAAUGGUGUACCAAAGAGACCAUCUGAUAACAAACGAAAUCAAACUAUUUUUAUUUUUUACUUAAGUUUAGGAUCAGGAAAUACUCCUCUUCUACUGCCCAAACCAGAUAUACAAUCAGCACAGUCAAAAGUUCAGUCGGAUUCUUUAAAACAACAAUCGAUAACUCCACCUGUGAAACAUGUCCAAACUUCUGGUAUGUAUCAUCAGACUUCUACAGGGAUCGCAGAUCGCUUGAAGCAAUUUAGCCAGAUUAGUCGACCAGGACUAGCUCCACCAACGCCACCGUCGAUAAAGUCCAAGCCAUCUAUGAAAAAUAUCAAUUCACCUCCAGAACAGUUCAAAACUUUAAGGCCUAACAGAACAGCAAAUGAUGUAUUUGCCAUUCGUCGAUCUGAAAGUUCUGACGAUGUCAGGAAUUCACCACCAUUACUGUCACAUAGUCAUACGACACCUCCACUUUUGCCCGGGAAUUCUCCAAGUUCAACUAGGAUUGCAAAACCUGCGUGUCCUCCACCUCCUCCGCCCAGCCAGCCAUCUCGGAUAGGACGUUCGAUUCCUCAUAAGUCUGGUCAUUUUACAACGACUUCUACUUCAGUUUCUUCACCAGUUUUAGCAGACGAUGGUUCAUCACCUCCACCACCACCACCACCUCGUAUAGCGUCAUGCACUGAUCAAAUGGAUCGUUUCACUUUUAUUCCAAUCAGUGAUUUACCACCACCGGGGAUUUUUUCUGGAAUAAAAAAAGUUUAUGAGUAUCAUUCCACUCGUAAAAUUCAGAAUACCCCUUCCAUGUACCAAUAA